UAAAUCGAUAAAGUAAUAAGAUAAUAAUAUUUUGGAAAAUCCUAUGUAAAUAUAUGGUUCCGUUGAAAUAAUCAAUUAAUAAUUUUUUAUAUAUAGAUUUUAUUUAAGUACAAACAAUUGUACAAUAUAAUUAUCUUUAUUUCACAAUAUAAUUAUCUCUAUAUUUUCUUAACAUUUCAAUAUCUUUUUUGCUUAUAUUUAGUAAAAUUAUAUCUAAACCACACUUAAAUUUUAUAAAAAAUAUUUUAUAUACACCAAAUAAUACAAUAAAAUAACGUGAAGGUCAAAUUUAAAAUUUUUAAUUAGUGCAUAUAAGGUAAAAUAAAUUAUUUUGUUUAUUUUAUAAAAUAAUAUAAUCUAAAAUAAAUAAAUAAAUCCAGAAUUUUUUUUUUUGUAAAUUAAUUAAAUAUCAUAGUUUCAACAUUAUUAAUUUACAUAAUUUUUACUAUAGUAUCUACAAAGUAUUUAAACUAAUAAUUAAAAAUUUAAAAACAUUUAUUUAAUCGAGAUCUCUUAUCACAAAUUUGAUGAUCCUAGGAUAAACUUUCUCCAAAUAGUAUUUAUAAAGUCAUAUAAAUAAGAGGACAUUUCAAGAAGUACCAAGAGAAAUAAAAAAUGGGAAGGAAGAAAAUAGAUUUGAAGACAAUAGAAUGCCCAAAGGAGAGAAGUAGCAAAUACUCAAAACGUAAAAAAGGACUUUUAAAAAAGGCUGAGGAAAUGGCGGUAUUGUGCGAUAGUGAUAUAAUUCUCCUCGUCUUUUCUCCCACCUCCAAGCCAAACCUUUUCUAUCCUCAUUCUAGACCUCUUAGUAGAAUCUUGGAGAAGCUUUCCAAUAUGUCAGAAUAUGAACUGGAAGAGAGGAGAGCCUACACAAAAAAGACGUUGGUGAAGCUGUUGAAGAAUAAAAAUGUAGAAAUUCCCAAUGAAAAUCAUAAUCAUUCUUCUGGAAGAGAUGAAGUCCAGCUUCAAGAAGAUGAUAAGGUAAUUGAACUGGGAGAAGCUAGAGAAUUGCUUGAUGAUAAUACAUCAAUUCUGAGGAACUGGCAAGACCCGCAUAGAGUUGAUGAUUUGGCCAAACUCACAAUAAUGGAAGACCAUCUAGUUUCUAUUCUUAGCCUGAUCAAAAAGGUAUUUAUAAGUUAAUAUCAAAUAGAUAAGAUUAUUAUCCUAAGAAAUUAAAAGUUAGUGACCUAAAUUGUUAAUAAAAAUUUAGCUGUGUAUUAUUAUGAACUUUUUCUAAAAUUUAACAUAAUAUUUGUUUUUCAGGCUCAAAUUGAACAAGGGUAGCAAAACUCAGAUGUGAUUUCAAAAUGAAAACAUUAUUGUUUACUUAGCCCAUUAAAGAUCAGAAGAAUAUACUAUAUAUAUGUAUUUACUAUUAUGUUAAUUAUGUACUUAUCAUAAAACCAACAUACAAAUCGUGCUAUAUAUUAAUAUGUGUUGUAAGUAAAAAAAAUAAAUUGAUGUGACUUGUUUUUAUUAAUAAUGAAUGAUUUGUGAAGUAAUUCAACCUGAGAUUUUAAUUUAUU